UCUUGAGAAUACAUCACAUUCAGUUGGUUCGUCGCACCUCUUCAAUGCACGGCUACGAUUCGUCUCAUGCUUUGAAUCAUGCGAACAACCGAAAUGGACUGUUAACACCAAACGAGAAGGCUAUGAAAAAAUCGCGGUUUGCUUUUCGCACAAAGAGUGAUAAAGAUAUACUCGAUGAUGGUUAUAGAUGGAGAAAGUAUGGUCAGAAAUCUGUCAAGAACAGCUUGUAUCCCAGAUACAUCAAAAGGAGCUAUUAUCGAUGCACACAACACAUGUGUAACGUGAAGAAGCAAGUUCAGAGGUUGUCCAAGGAAAGGAGCAUUGUGGAGACAACUUACGAAGGAAUCCAUAACCAUCCUUGUGAGGAGAUUAUGCAAACCUUAACUCCUCUUCUUCACCAGAUGAAGUUCCUCUCUAACUUCACCUCCUGAUGAUUAAAAUAAUUAAUUAAUAUGCUUAUAGUAUAGUUUAGGUGUGUUUAUAAUGAUAUGUAUCAGCAGCGAUUCGACGGUUCACCGAUUCGUAUUAUUGUUUAAAGUA